AUGAAUAAAGAAGUUGUUAAAACGACGGGGGCGUUAGCCACGGGGCGAACAUCAGCUAGCACCAUUCGGCGAGCAACAGGUGGACGAGGAAAGAUGCAGUCCACAAUGAGGAUCGUAAUCUCAGUGUUUCUCUUCACAUCAGUGAUCGCCAGCACCUACCAUAGUAACGCCAAAUUACGUCGCGACGGAGUGCUCAACCUCUAUCCAUUCCCGCGAGUGGGACGCGCUUCAAGAAACACCUGGCAACUUCCCCUAAAUGAUUUGUACUUAGAAUACGAGCCAGCAGAAAAGCGUCAACUGUAUGCGUUCCCUCGCGUCGGUCGUAGCGACUUGGGUCUAGUCCGCGGAGAAUCUCCACAUGAUUUUGCGCCAAUGCCAGUCCGUCGUACCGAGAACCCUGGCAUGUGGUUCGGACCCCGACUGGGCAGGUCCUUCAAGAGUGAUGACGAUGAUAUCACUCUCCAGAAUGAGACGAGUGAACACAGCGACCCUGAGCAGACUGAUCCCGUGCACGUUGAACGAAAGAAGAGGCAAUCCAACUAA